AUGCCGUGGGGAACUCUUACAGCCAACGUGGUGGCUGCUGCUUUGGAAGCUGCAAUUUCUGUGGUGUAUCUCGCGGCGAAGUCGCAUACAUCGCAAGUUAUAGUGGGAGGGGUGCAGCUGGGGUUCCUGACAGGGCUCAGCACAGUGUCCAUGUUCUCUCUUGAGAUUCUCUACUUUCAGUACACCCUUGGGACCCCAUGGCGCUCGUACGUGUACCUUCUCAGUACCAUUCUACCGGCGUUUCUUAUCGGCACCUUAGUUUACUCUGUCCCUUUCCACACAGAGGAAUCCCCGCUCCUCGCGCUUCAAAUGGCUCUUCGCGUUUUCGCAGCCCUCGCGACGCUCGUCGCAGCGCUCGCUGUCCUUGCUCCCGCGAGUGCCACCACGUACCGGUCCACGUUCAGCGAUGGAAUUAAUUCCGGCGGCGGUGCGUGCUAUUACGAGGGCAACUUCCGCGACUCGGAAUAUUUCUACAAAGGGCUGACCGCGUACCUGCCCCAAAAUAAGUACGACGGCGGCAAGGGCUGCGGCACGUGCUACGAGAUCGAGUGCAAGAACCACAAGAGCUGCCGAAGCGGCAGCGUGAUCGUGCGCGCGACCGGCCGGCACGGCGACGAUCAGUUCCUCCUCGCCUCCACCGCGUGGGACAAAAUCGUCCGCGGCCGCGACGCGGGGUACGUGGAGAUUAAGUUCCGCAGCGUCGACUGCCCGAAGAACGGCGACAUCGGGGUUAAAAUCAUUCCCGGCACGAACCAGUACUGGUUCGCGGUCCAGAUUCUGGGCGCCGCGAAAGCCGGCGGAGUGGAGGGAGUUGAGUUAUCGAAGGACGGCAAGAAGUGGAGCAAGAUGAAGCGGCUCGCGGAGAGCGCCACGUGGGCGUUGGAUCCCGCCAAGGAGAUCGUGGAUGCGGGAAAGAAGGUGAGCGUGCGCGUCACGGCGGUGGGCGGCGCGCGCGUGGAGCUGAAGGAUGUCAUUCCCGAGAAGUGGACCGUUGGGAACACGUACAAGAGCAGCACCAACUUCUAG